UGUAAUAGUAUGCUGUUGUGUUCUUUUAAAAUAUCACAAAAUUUAUCCAUUACAUUAAUCUAAUUCUGAAAAUAUUAAUUGUAUAUUUAUACAAUAUAGUCCACAUUCCACAACACGCCUGGUUGUUAACAAGUUUUCGAUCUUCUGCUAUGCCCGUAAGGUGUUCGAUAUAAUUACGCAGAGAGUGUAUUAUAGUAACGCUGUGGAGCGUUGAUACCCAAGAUAGCUCCAUAUUCCCUUUGAGAUUGAAAGAGUAUGAGGUUCAUCCUCAUGAGAUCACUUCUGGUUCACCCUUGUGGUGGUUCCGUCAUCAACGUCCGAUCAACUACCACGUCUGCUCAAUAUGUCGCUUCCAGGUCGAGAGACCCUGUUUUCGAGAAGCUCAUGGACAAAUACAAGAACCUUCUCAAGGUCAUUGCUAUACAAGACCUUAUCCUCGCCAAUCCAACAGCUGAUCCUCCCUCUUUGUCCAUUGAUUUUCUCUCCAGGCUCUCCCAGAAGCUCCACCUUAACCGUGGCGCUGCUUCUUUUCUGCGCAAGUACCCUCACAUCUUUCAUGUCUUGUAUGAUCCUGUGAAAGCUCUGCCCUUUUGCAGGUUAACUGAUGUAGCCAGGGAGAUUUCUCGCCAAGAGGCUUUGGCUAUUACUGCUACUUUGUCUCUCGUUGUUGACCGGUUGGUUAGGCUCUUGUCUAUGUCCAUAUCAAAGUCAAUCCCGCUUCGUGCGGUUUUCAAAGUUUGGAGAGAACUUGGGCUCCCAGAUGAUUUUGAGGACUCUGUCAUCGCAAAGAACCCUCAUCUUUUUAGGCUUAGUGAUGGUCAUGAACCCAAUACCCAUAUCUUAGAGCUGGUUCAAGAAGAAGAGAAAAGACUGGAAUUUGAAGCCGCGGUUGAGGAAUGGAGGGUGAUUGAGUGUUCUAAGGAGGACUGCACUGUUGAUAGAACCGAGAUUCAGUUUAGUUUCAAACAUAGUUACCCACCCGGAAUGAGGCUGAGCAAGAACUUUAAAGCUAAAGUUAAGGAAUGGCAGAGGCUGCCUUAUGUUGGGCCAUACGAGGACAUGGUUGGUAAGAAAAAGAACAAAUCCGGUGUGAUGGGAAUAGAGAAAAGAGCAGUUGCGAUUGCUCACGAGUUCCUCAGUCUGACUGUAGAGAAGAUGGUGGAGGUAGAAAAGAUCAGCCAUUUCAGAAAAUGUUUUGGGAUUGAUUUGAACAUAAGAGAUUUGUUCUUGGAUCACCCGGGCAUGUUUUAUAUGUCAACCAAAGGGAAAAGACACACUGUGUUUCUCAGAGAGGCUUAUGAGAGAGGACGUUUGAUAGAUCCAAAUCCAGUUUACGAGGCAAGGAGGAAGCUUCUUGACCUUGUUCUAUUGGGACGCCAUGCUGCUUUAUCAGACUCUGGGAGCACAAGUAUGCCUGAACAAGAAUGAAAUUGCUGAGUUCUCGUCAGUCUUUUUGAGUAUAAGCUAAAGAAAGUGUAUGAGAAACUUGAGAGUUGAUGAGAUCACUGAGACUCAAUCAGUCUCGAACAUCUCUAGGCUCUAGCUACACAAAUCCAUUGAGGAAAAGACAAUCUAAGAUAAGCUCUGUUUCUGUCGCGUUUCGGAUCAAUUGUUUUGCUCACAAGCACAAAAAAAAAAAAAAAAAUCAAGAUAAACGUGUAAACAGGAAAGGCGAGUGACUUGAUGUAUAUGUGAGUACUUGGAUCAAAACUUGUAUACGAAACUAAUGUAAAACUGUCUUUGUUUCUGUACUUUGUUGGUUAUGUCGAAAGGAACUAUCCAAACUCAA